AUGAAGUUUGGCCGCAACCUGUCCCGAAAUGUCGUCCCGGAGUGGAGCGCCUCCUACAUCAAAUACAAGGCCCUGAAGAAACUCAUCAAGUCCGCCGCCGAGAAUGUCAAAGCGGGCCACGACGCAGACCUGGCUGGAUUCUUCUACUCCCUCGAUCGAAAUCUCGAGGAUGUCGACUACUUCUAUAACAAGAAGUAUGCUGAUUUCGCCCGUCGUCUCAAGCUGUUGGACGACCGCUAUGGUCAAGGGAUAAGCGGCGCCCACCGUCUUGAUUCAGAGGAGGUCGAGGACCUCUUGGCCGCCUUGCUGGAACUACGCGGGCAGCUCCGGAAACUCCAGUGGUACGGUGAGGUGAACCGCCGCGGGUUUAUCAAGAUCACCAAGAAACUCGACAAGAAGGUGGGCGUCAAUGCGCAGCAAACCUACAUCGAGACCAAGGUGGAUCCGUCGCCUUUCGCGUCGAACACGCGCGUCACCGAGUCGCUGAAGAAGAUCAAUGACUGGCUCUCGGUGCUUGGUGAGCAAAAAGCUUCGGAUGAUACCAGUUCUAGACGUUCCUCUAUCUCGCUGAAGAGAGGCCCGUCCCGGCCCAACCUGAACCUGCCGCCGAGUUUGCUUUUGGAUGUGGAUGAAGCGCUGCGCAAAGAUGACACCCACGUUCUGUUGGAACUCCUCGAGACGCUCAAGGCGGCUGUUGCGGAAGCUGGGGAUGAUGUCUUCCCCAAGGUUCUCAAAAGCCUUCUCCAGCGGUCGAUCUAUUACCGUGCGAAAUCCUGCAUUUCCAUCCUAAUCAGCAGGAUUGAGAGUCUCGAGGAAGACGAUGACAUCAACAAGCGCAAUUGCAUUCACCGACUGGUCAUCUCCAUCGGCCGGGCUCAGUCUACCACAGACUCCGAGCAGUCGGCCUCCAUGAUUCUGGAUUUCCCCUUGGAGACAUCAAAUUACAUCACGCCUGCCGCCUUGCCCACCCUGCAGCCUCCUCGAGCUGUCGUGAAGGAGGCCGAUCAUCCCCAGCACUUGUAUAGGUCUGACCCACCCGUGGCAACAUUGCAACAUCUGCUGGAUCAUUUGCAGCCAUCCCAGCGCAAGGCUCUUCUUGCAAAGGACCUUGCUGGUCGUACUCCAUUGCACUACGCUGCGCAGUAUGGCUUCAAAGCCGUCUGUGAAGUAAUUAUCGAACAUCUGCAAGAGUGGGGCAUGUUUGAUGUCAGCGAAGGCAUUGAUGGCCCGCGCUGGCAGGACAACGAUGGCUGGGCUCCUCUGCAUCUGAGUGUUGUCGGAGGCCAUCCGCUAACCACUCGAGCCCUUCUGGACGCGGAGAAUUGGCAAGGUCCGAGCCAAGAUAAGUCAAGAAUCCGCAAGCAAGUGUCCAAGUCCAGUGCCGUUCUCGCCUUAGCCACCAAGGCCAACUUUGUCGAUAUUGUUCGCCUUCUGGUCGACGCCGGAGUCGACAUCAACUACCAAGACGAACAGGGCGAAACCGCUUUGCAUGUAGCAGCCCGCUUCGGUCACGACAUGUGCGCCAAGAUCUUGCUGGAGGGUAAUGAGGAGCAGAAAGCCGACACGGAACUCGCCGAGCACACGUACGCCUGGACGCCACUAUUCAUUGCCUGCGUCGACGGCUCUCUCAGCGUCGUGGAACUGUUACUCGAGGCGGGAGCGGAUGCAGAGAGGCUUGACUCGUCUGGGUGGACCGCAAAAGAACACGCAUCGCUGAGAGGCCAUCUUGAUAUCGCUCGUCGCAUUGGCGAGGUCGUUCCGGAACCUGAAGUGCCCGAGCCAGAGCCCGUGGCAUCAGUUUCCACAAUCUCAUCCACCCAAUCCUCACCCCCUUCCCAGCCUUCUUUCAUGGAAAGAAAGUCCAACGGCACAGCAACCUCUGGGAGUUCUAGCCUUCGGAGUUCUGAGCCUAUUAAGUCAUUUGGACACCGGUAUCUCACCGACGAGGCCAUGAUCCUUGUGAGCCUGGGCACUAUGGACCCUAGAAAGCCAAUGCAAGCGGUGGAUCUUGAUAGGAUCCCACUGGAGAAUGCGCAUUCUACUCAGCUAGAUACCGCUCUAUCGAUUGUUGUGACAGCAUCCGGAGCUCACGGUGAGCCUGAGAUCAUUGAUCUUCCAGUUCAAGACAAUAUCUCGACCGAGCCGAUCGUCUUCCACGCUGCGGACCCCACCAAGGUGCGACUUCUAUUCGAUCUUGUGCCGACGUACUCUGGUUCGAAGGACCAAGUUGUUGGGAGAGGCGUUGCAUUGCUUUCAAGCGUCAAGCCAACAAUUGGCUCUCACCGGAUCAAUUUGAAGGGCGAUUCUACAAUUCCCAUCAUGGCCGCGAACACCCUGGAGGUCAUCGGUACCUUGACUUUCAACUUUUUGAUCAUCACCCCGUUCAAACACCCCAAUAUGUCUAUCACCGGUGACCAGACGUAUUACAAGAGUAUGAGUUCCACAAUGGUGAUUGGGCAUAGAGGUCUGGGCAAGAAUAUGGCGAGCCGAAAGUCAUUGCAGCUCGGCGAGAAUACCGUGCAGUCCUUCAUUGCAGCAGCUAAUCUCGGUGCUUCGUAUGUGGAGUUCGACGUCCAGCUCACGAAAGAUCAUGUCCCGGUGAUUUAUCAUGACUUUCUUGUCAGUGAGACGGGUAUCGACGCCCCCGUACACACCCUGACGUUGGAGCAAUUUCUCCAGCUGAGCGAUAACGGGCCGGGUCGUCCGCCUCCAUCUCCGUCGAUGAAAGCGCAACGUAGCGGUGAAAAUGGCAAUGUUGCUCCUCGUCCGCGGUCAAUGUCUGUGGGCGGCUCUGAGUACGACCCUGCGGAGUUGAACGAAAGGAUUAAGCACACCCGCGACUUCAAGAAGAAGGGCUUCAAGGGCAACAGCCGAGGAAAUCACAUCCAGGCACCUUUUGCCACACUGGAGGAACUGUUCAAGAAGCUACCCAAAUCCGUUGGAUUCAACAUUGAGCUGAAAUACCCCAUGCUCUACGAGAGCGAAGAAGAGGAGAUGGACUCGUUCGCCGUGGAGCUGAAUUCUUUUGUGGAUACCGUGCUUGCCAAGGUGUACGACCUGGGUCACGGGCGCAACAUGAUCUUUUCCAGCUUCAAUCCGGAUAUCUGUCUUCUGCUCUCUUUCAAGCAGCCCUCCAUCCCUGUUCUUUUCUUAACUGACGCUGGCGCGUCUCCCGUGGGCGAUAUCCGCGCCAGCAGUCUGCAGGAAGCGAUUCGAUUUGCGUCCCGGUGGAAUCUGCUUGGAAUCGUCUCGCAAGCCGAGGCACUAGUUCUGUGUCCCCGUCUGGUGCGAGUGGUCAAGGAAUCUGGGUUGGUGUGUGUCUCGUACGGAACUUUGAACAACGACCCGGUAAAUGUCAAGCGCCAAGUCGUGGAGGGGAUCGAUGCCGUCAUCGUGGACUCGGUCCUUGCCAUUCGGAAAGGUCUCACGGAACACCAGCAGGGUGACACGCCUGGCGAUACGCCAGAACCCAGCCCUCUUGCGCAGCCUACCUCUGGACCGCUGAAGGAGUCCAUCCAGAUCCCCGUGCUCAACCAGGCGGAGCAGAAAGACAAUGAGCUUCAUUUGAACCCGGAGAGUGCACUUUGA